AGGAGGCACUCCUAGGGGCGACCCUGGCACUCGGUUUUCCGCGACCUUCUCGCCGCAGCGUCCCCGCCGUCUAAGGCACGGCGGCCCCUUGGCCUCCACUCCCCGGGCCGGGCAAGUCCCCCUUUCUAGCUUUCUUUUGGGCAUUGCCCUUUGCCCUCGCUUGGAGUCCUCUGUUGACUCUCCCUACUUCCAGUCACCCAUAGGUCACGGUCCUUAGACCACAGCCACCCAUCUUGUCCAACUCUCGGAGCUCUGAAGUCUCGCCAGCCAGGGAGAUGCUGAGGACCCCGCGGGUGGGGUAGCCCCGGUGUUCCCGGACCCACGCUCGGGGGCGCGGGACGCAAGUUUCCGCCCGGUCCCCUGAGCGGUGACAGCCAGCGUUCGCUCGGAGGCGGUGGGGAGGCGGAAGGCGGGCCAGCCGGGUGCCCGAGCCCCCUCCCCUGCUCGCGAGCUCGCGCGGUCUGUGUCUCUCUCCGCAAGUGCAGAGCGGCGGAGGAGGAGGGGGAGGAGGAGGAGGGAGCUGGGGGAGGAUCUCCAUUGAAAUAAACAACCAGGCAGCAGUUAUUAACACAGGAACAUGGCGGCCGCAGCCUGGGCUCCCGCGGCGGCGGCGGAGGUCAGCGCCGACGGCAGCCCGCACCUGACGGCGUGACGGCCACAUUGGUUUUUCGUGCAUCUGGCUUCAGUCUAUGCGAUCUUCUGCACUGUGUACAGGCACAGUUGCUGAUAUGUGUUCAAGAUGAGUGGUAUGGGAGAAAACACCUCUGACCCAUCCAGGGCAGAAACCAGAAAACGCAAGGAAUGUCCCGACCAGCUCGGACCCAGCCCCAAAAGGAGCACCGAGAAACGGAACCGCGAGCAGGAGAAUAAGUACAUAGAGGAACUUGCAGAGCUGAUCUUUGCAAAUUUUAAUGAUAUCGACAACUUCAACUUCAAACCUGACAAAUGUGCCAUCUUAAAAGAAACUGUGAAGCAGAUCCGCCAGAUCAAAGAACAAGAGAAAGCAGCAGCUGCCAACAUAGAUGACGUACAGAAGUCAGAUGUGUCGUCCACAGGGCAGGGUGUCAUCGACAAGGACGCGCUGGGGCCUAUGAUGCUUGAGGCCCUCGAUGGGUUCUUCUUCGUUGUGAACCUGGAAGGCAAUGUGGUGUUCGUGUCAGAGAAUGUGACACAGUAUCUGCGGUAUAACCAGGAAGAACUGAUGAACAGGAGUGUCUACAGCAUCCUGCAUGUCGGGGAUCACACUGAAUUUGUCAAGAACCUGCUGCCAAAGUCCAUGGUGAAUGGGGGAUCCUGGUCUGGAGAGCCUCCCAGGCGCAACAGCCACACCUUCAACUGUAGGAUGCUGGUGAAGCCUUUGCCAGACUCAGAAGAGGAAGGCCACGAGAACCAGGACGCUCAUCAGAAAUACGAGACGAUGCAGUGCUUCGCUGUGUCUCAGCCAAAGUCUAUCAAAGAGGAAGGCGAAGACUUGCAGUCCUGCCUGAUUUGUGUGGCACGAAGAGUCCCCCUGAAGGAGAGACCAGCCCUUCCCUCAUCCGAAAGCUUCACCACCCGCCAGGACCUUCAAGGCAAGAUCACUUCUCUAGACACCAGCACCAUGAGAGCCGCCAUGAAGCCCGGCUGGGAGGAUCUGGUGAGGAGAUGUAUUCAGAAGUUCCACACGCAGCACGAAGGGGAAUCUCUGUCAUACGCCAAGAGGCAUCACCACGAAGUUCUGAGACAAGGGCUGGCGUUCAGUCAGAUCUAUCGUUUUUCUCUGUCUGAUGGCACUCUUGUUGCUGCACAAACGAAGAGCAAACUCAUCCGUUCUCAGACUACUAAUGAGCCUCAGCUUGUAAUAUCUUUGCACAUGCUUCACAGAGAGCAGAAUGUAUGUGUAAUGAAUCCGGAUCUGACUGGACAAGCGAUGGGGAAGCCAUUGAAUCCAAUUAGCUCUAGCAGCCCUGCCCAUCAGGCCCUGUGCAGUGGGAACCCAGGUCAGGACAUGACCCUCAGUAGCAAUAUAAAUUUUCCCAUGAAUGGCCCAAAGGAACAAAUGGGCCUGCCCAUGGGCAGGUUUGGUGGUUCUGGGGGCAUGAACCAUGUAACAGGCAUGCAAGCAGCCGCUCCUCAGGGUAGUAACUAUGCACUCAAAAUGAACAGUCCCUCACAAGGCAGCCCCGGCAUGAACCCCGGGCAGCCCAGCUCUGUGCUCUCCCCAAGGCAUCGCAUGAGCCCUGGCGUGGCCGGCAGUCCUCGCAUCCCACCCAGUCAGUUUUCCCCUGCAGGAAGCUUGCAUUCCCCGGUGGGAGUUUGCAGCAGCACAGGAAAUAGCCAUAGUUAUACCAACAGUUCCCUCAAUGCACUGCAAGCCCUCAGCGAGGGCCAUGGGGUCUCAUUAGGGUCAUCGUUGGCUUCACCGGACCUAAAAAUGGGCAAUUUGCAAAACUCCCCAGUUAAUAUGAAUCCUCCCCCACUCAGCAAGAUGGGAAGCUUGGACUCCAAAGACUGUUUUGGACUUUAUGGGGAGCCAUCGGAAGGUACAACUGGACAAGCAGAGGCCAGCUGCCAUCCUGAAGAACAAAAGGGGCCCAAUGACUCCAGCAUGCCCCAGGCGGCCAGCGGGGACAGCGCUGAGGGACACAGCCGGCUGCAUGACAGCAAAGGGCAGACCAAGCUCCUACAGCUGCUGACCACCAAGUCCGACCAGAUGGAACCUUCCCCUCUGCCCAGCUCCUUGUCGGACACAAACAAGGACACCACAGGGAGCGUGCCUGGGCCUGGGUCCACGCAUGGCGCCUCGCUCAAGGAGAAGCAUAAGAUUUUGCACAGACUCUUACAGGACAGCAGUUCCCCCGUGGACCUGGCCAAGCUGACGGCAGAAGCCACAGGCAAAGAGCUGAGCCAGGAGUCCAGCAGCACGGCUCCUGGGUCAGACGUGACUGUCAAACAGGAGCCAGCGAGCCCCAAGAAGAAAGAGAAUGCACUACUGCGCUAUUUGCUCGACAAAGAUGAUACUAAAGAUAUUGGUUUACCGGAAAUAACCCCCAAACUCGAGCGACUGGACAGUAAGACAGAGCCUGGCGGGAACACAAAGCUAAUCGCUGUGAAAACUGUGAAGGAGGAGGUGAGCUUUGAGCCCAGUGACCAGCCUGGCAGCGAGCUGGACAACUUGGAAGAGAUUUUGGAUGAUUUGCAGAACAGUCAGUUGCCACAGCUUUUCCCAGACACAAGGCCAGGCGCUCCUACUGGGUCUGUUGACAAGCAAGCCAUCAUCAAUGACCUCAUGCAGCUCACGGCUGACAGCAGCCCCGGCACACCUGCUGGAGCCCAGAAAGCAGCGCUGCGGAUGUCACAGAGCACUUUUAAUAACCCACGACCAGGGCAACUGGGCAGGUUAUUGCCAAACCAGAAUUUACCACUUGACAUCACAUUGCAAAGCCCAACUGGUGCUGGACCUUUCCCACCAAUCAGAAACAAUAGUCCCUACUCAGUGAUACCUCAGCCAGGAAUGAUGGGUAACCAAGGGCUGCUAGGAAGCCAAGGAAACUUAGGGAGCAAUAGCACAGGAAUGAUUGGCAGCAGCACUUCCCGGCCCAGCAUGCCUUCUGGGGAAUGGGCACCGCAGAGUCCAGCUGUGAGAGUCACUUGUGCUGCCACCACUGGUGCCAUGAGCCGGCCAAUCCAAGGAGGCAUGAUUCGCAACCCAACAGCCAGCAUCCCCAUGCGAGGCAACAGCCAGCCUGGCCAAAGGCAGAUGCUUCAGUCUCAGGUCGUGAACAUAGGGCCUUCUGAGUUAGAGAUGAACAUGGGAGGGCCUCAGUAUAAUCAACAGCAGGCCCCUCCAAACCAAACUGCCCCCUGGCCUGAGAGCAUCCUGCCCAUAGACCAGGCAUCUUUUGCCAGCCAGAGCAGGCAGCCCUUCGGCAGCUCCCCUGAAGACCUGCUGUGUCCACACCCUGCAGCAGAGUCGCCCAGCGAUGAGGGAGCUCUUCUAGACCAGCUGUAUCUGGCCUUGCGGAACUUCGAUGGCCUCGAGGAGAUUGAUAGAGCUCUGGGGAUCCCAGAACUGGUCAGCCAGAGCCAAGCUGUGGAUCCAGAGCAGUUCUCAAGCCAAGAGUCCAGCAUAAUGCUGGAGCAGAAGCCCCCUGUUUUCCCACAGCAGUACGCAUCUCAGGCACAAAUGGCCCAGGGGGGCUACAACCCCAUGCAAGAUCCAAACUUCCACACCAUGGGACAGCGGCCAAAUUACACCACACUCCGCAUGCAGCCCCGGCCGGGCCUCAGGCCCACGGGCAUCGUGCAGAACCAGCCAAACCAACUGAGGCUUCAGCUCCAACAUCGCCUCCAGGCACAGCAGAAUCGCCAGCCACUUAUGAACCAGAUCAGCAGUGUUUCCAAUGUGAACUUGACUCUCAGGCCCGGAGUACCAACUCAGGCUCCUAUUAAUGCACAGAUGCUGGCCCAGAGGCAGAGGGAAAUCCUGAACCAGCAUCUUCGUCAGAGACAGAUGCAUCAACAACAGCAGGUGCAGCAGCGAACUCUGAUGAUGAGAGGACAAGGGUUGACUAUGACCCCAAGCAUGGCGGCUCCCACUGGCCUGCCAGCAGCCAUGAGCAAUCCCCGGAUCCCCCAGGCCAACGCCCAGCAGUUCCCAUUUCCUCCAAACUACGGAAUAAGUCAGCAACCUGAUCCUGGCUUUACUGGGGCUACGACUCCCCAGAGUCCUCUAAUGUCUCCCCGGAUGGCACAUACCCAGAGUCCCAUGAUGCAGCAGUCUCAAGCCAACCCAGCCUACCAGCCCACCUCAGACAUGAACGGAUGGGCUCAGGGGAGCAUGGGUGGAAACAGCAUGUUUUCACAACAGUCCCCACCACACUUUGGGCAACAAGCAAACACCAGCAUGUACAAUAACAACAUGAACAUCAGUGUGUCCAUGGCAACCAACACGGGCGGCUUGAGCAACAUGAGCCAGAUGACAGGCCAGAUGAGCAUGACCUCAGUGACCUCCGUGCCUACGCCAGGGCUGCCCUCCCUGGGUCCCGAACAGGUCAGUGACCCUGCUCUGAGGGGAGGCAACCUUUUCCCAAACCAACUGCCUGGAAUGGACAUGAUGAAGCAGGAGGGAGAUGCAUCUCGGAAAUACUGCUGACCCUGGAGAAGCUGUCUGCAUCUUUCUUCAACCCACUGGGCUUACAAACAUUUACCAGUCUGGAGAGCUGCGUCUUUGUGCUGACCCCCCUGCCAUGCAGCCGGUUCUCCCCUGCGGCACCCAGUACAGCGUGCUGGCCUGGUCCCACCCGCGGCACCCAGCACGGCGUGCUGGCUAGGCUGCCGCCCACCAGAGAGCUGCCUCUCACAGGACAGCCUGCAGCUCGUCUCCAGACCAACCCGCAGUCUGUUCACUGCAUUCACCGUAGUGCAACUUAGAUCUUCUGCAAAGUAAACGUCCACAGGCCGACUUCAUCCCCAUUCAGACUGAAUGUAUUUAAAUGUGUGUGUUUGAGGAGAACCGCGCUCUUGGCCUGUUCCUGUUCGGCUCCAGACACUGGUUUCUUGCUUUGUUUUCUGUGGCUAUUCAGUGUAAAAGAUUAGAAUCUUAUCUAGAGGAAAGAAAGGAGUUUUUAACACAAUCCAACACAAGGUGUUGUAAGCUUAAAGCCUGCAUUGGGUUGGGGUGAAGGCAGAGCAGACACUGUGGACCUCGGUGUGAGCUGAUACACCCAGUCAGGGACACCUGACACAGGCAGAAUUCUGUCUCCAGGCAGCCGAGGUUGGCAGAAGAGCGUCCAGUUGUUGAACAGAUGACAAGGCUCCUGAGAGAGGCUGUUAACAUUAACAAGUAUCUGCUUCCGGUUUUCUCUGUUAAAACCAAACUACUUUCCCCUAAAUCAUGAAUCAAAAAGAAAUAUUUAUUUCUAAAUUGUUUUUAGAUCACUGAGAUAGUUUGAUUGGCAUCUCCUCCCUUCCCCUCCCCGCCUCCUCGCUCCAUUCCUCUUUCAUUCCUUUAAAGUGAAAACAACAGCAGCACAGCGUUCCAUAGAGACCAGGGAAGCCCUUGGUUUCUCUCAGUGCUGUGCAGCCGCUUACAGCAGCUUCCAGUGACCUGCAUUUCCCGUCAGGGAGAGGAACAGAGCGGACAUGGGACGCGGGGCCAGCUGUGACAGCUGUUCAGGCCGCCACAGUGAGGGCACGCACUGAUGAAAUCCACAGCAGACAUCACGACAGAGCUAGCCUCUGCCAUGUGGGUUUGGUUUUUUGUUUUUGUUUUUGUUUUUUUUAAUUUUGUUUUUUAGCAGUGCUGACAAAGCUGAAGUUUUGUAAGGUACAUAAAAAAUCCAAUUUAUAUGUAAACAAGCAAUAAUUUAAGUUCUGAACUUAAGUGUUUUAACUGUAUAAUUUUGUGAGGUAUACAUAUUGUGGGAUUGACUCAAAAAAAUGAGGUACUUCAGUAUUAAAUUAGAUAUCUUCAUAGCAAUGUCUCCUAAAGGUGUUUUGUAACGGCUGCUGAUGCCUUGGUUAGACCUGAUUUGUAGACUUAACACCUUUUGUUUUCUAAACCUUGAGAUUCUGCUCACGAAUCAUGUAUCUAAUCUAUAUGAUAUGCAGCCGCUGUAGGAACCAAGUCUUGAUUUUAUAUGUUUAUAUUCUUUCUUAAUAAACCUUAGAAAGAUGACAUUACUAAGCAGCCCAUUUUGAUGGUUGUUUUUCUUGCCCGCUGGCUGUCGGGGAUAACCUCUAUUAACUGGUGUCAGUGUCAGACAGCUGCAGUACCCAGAGCUGAGACCUUUUCAAUUCUCCCCAGCCCUGAUACACACUUUCUUACCUAAAUUUCAGAAUGGUAUCUUUUUGAUGUCUAAAAACACCAUUUUAUAGUAUCUCAUUAUCCAAGCUUUCUAGAAACAGAAGUUUUUCCUUGAAAUUUGUUUGUUUAUUCCUGGCAGGGUUAAAACAUAUAAACUACCCUAUUUAUAUUUAUAUCUCCCUAUGUAUCUACAGAUUGUAGAAAUAUAGAAAGAGAUAUGACCCAAAGACAAAUGGUAAAUUGUCUGAAAGCAUUGCCCAUGCUGAGGAACUUUCUGGAAAUCUGCAUCUCGAUAACUUUUUCCACUUUGAGAGGAACCUCAGUGCAAGGAGGUGACCUGGGAGCAUUUCCCCACUGGCCACCAGUUCACCUGUCUGCUUGAGACUCCACUUUUCUCCACCAAACCAUUGUCUUGCACAGCUGUCCUGCAAAAGGGGCAGAUGGGGCCCGGAGCUCCGGCCCUGCCCCAGGACUGAGCCUCAGGUGGCGCAUGGCUGAGCACGACCUGUUCUCAGAGAAAUCAGAAAUGUGAGGUAGCUAAAAUAACCUUCACCUUCACACAGCACAAGAGACAAUGGAGUUUAAAACAGAUUUGUUUUGUUUUGUAUUAAAUCCCAUCCCACUAUAACAUCAGCCACGAUAUCUUGCCUUUCAGAGUUCAUCCAAUUUACCACUGUUUUCUAGUGUUGACCCUGUAGUUAGCAUACCCCAUGGUCAUGGCAUGAGGAGUGCAAAUCCUCUCACAGGAUUCUCAGAGCAGCCGCGCACUGUGUUUAUCUAACCAGGAGGAUCCAUGGGACUGGAGAGAUGGCUCAGCAGGUAAGAGCAUCGACUGCUCUUCCAGACGUCCUGAGUUCAAUUCCCAGCAACCACAUGGUGGCUCACAACCAUCUGUAAUGGGAUCCGAUGCCCUCUUCUGGUGUGUCUGAAGACAGCGUACUCAUAUACAUACAAUUAAUAAAUAAUUCAAAAACAGAGUAAGCUACUUUGGGGGAAAAAAAAGGAUCAAAUCAUCGAAGGAGUCCUGAUGAUUUUCUCAGAGUCAGUGCCAGCCUAGCCUCCCCCCUCCCCUCCCCCACUCUGCCCCCCACAUUUGUUCUUGGUUUGGUCUGACAGAACAUAGAAUCAGUGUUUUCUUAGAUGACUCAAUGUGAAAAUACACACACCUGGUCUUGGUUGUAAAAUCCAUCUAAAUGUUAAUGUGACAUGGUAAGUUUUAUAAGUGAUGUGUGCUGUGUUACAACUGAUUCAUUCGACUCAAAGAUUAAAACACACACACACACACAUACACACGUGUAUCUCUUAUGACCUGUAAGGAUUGAAAGCAAUGGUUUUUUGCAGUUUAAGAUGCAAUUCUUAAUCUGUGUUUAAAAAUGGAGUUCCUCUGGGUGUGGCGCGUGAGCUGGGAGGCACGGAUCACUUGCAGAACCCAAAGAUACACAAUCAAUUUUGAAAUGCAACUUAAGCCAUUAAUUGUUGGUGUGAAUUUAAAAUUUUCUAGUUGUUUCUAUGGUAGUAUGCUGCCGGCAAGCAGAGCAUUCUCUGCACAGAAGGAAGCGCUGUGGCGGCGGCGGCGGCGGCUUUCGUUAGAACUUUCUCCCUGGUGUUUCUUUGUAGACUAAAACAAAAUCUUUUAAGUUUCUUACUACAGGUAAAAGCUAUGUGCAAGAACCUCAAAAUGCUAAAACCUAGCAUAAUGCCUUAGACCUGUUUUUAAGUCUUGUAUACUCCUGCAUAGCUGUCUAGUGUAUUAUAUUUGUACAGUGAAUUGUGUGCAAUUUUUGAAUAAGUACAUCAUCGCUUACCCAUAUGUUAUUGAACAGUGAUGAUGACCCAUUUCUUCAAACAUUUAACUGUCUUUUUUUUUUCUUUGUCAUUUGUGGGUUUUAUUUGUACAGUUCCUCAUGAAGUUGCAUCUGAGAUAUGUGUAUAUGAAAAGAUUAUACAAGGGUAAAAUUAAGCAAUAUAUAAACUAUGGUUCUUCAGGAGAAAGCUUACAGUGUUUCAGGUUGUGAUUUAUUUUCAAAACAGAGUUGAGUCUGAACAUCACUUUGUCCAUCUGCAUUGAUGUUUGUAUUUCUAGUGUGAGCAGUUUAUGCAAAAGUAGAUAUAUUCAGAGAAAUUUUAAAUACAUUUAUGCAAGUUACUAUUGCUUUGCUGAUGCUAUUUGCUUAUUUGAUGUUAAAUAAUGCUAUUGUAAAUAAAGAAUCUGUUGUUACUGCAUCAUUUAAUAAAUUUUAAUGCCUUCAGGUUUUACAUGGC